CCCGGAUCUAUAUUUCUAUAUUUCCCAGUCGCCCUUAAAAAAAGUUCAGAUUGAUCCCAUCAAGGCAUCAAGCUGUUUUUCGUCACAAUUUGGGGCGAAAAAUUAUAAGAACCGAGAACCCUAACAGAACCGUUAUUAUGCCUCCUCGCCGUCGCCGUCGCCGUCAUCCUCGCCCACCGUCGCCUUCUUCGUCGUCAUCUUCAUCAUCAACCUCGUUAAAAGAGUUUAGAGAGCAAGUUUAUUACACUGUUUUCCCCGAGGGACGUCCUUACCGUGAUCUUGUUGGUCCUCCUCCUUCACCUCCUUAUUCGAAUUCCUCUUUUAUCGUGCCCCCCAAUAGACCCUCUAGGCCUCAACCUUGUGUCAUACACCCACACCCACUCUUUCCCGGGGUUUUUGUUGCUGCGGAUCAUGAUCAUGACGAGUCUUGUAACAAGGUCCUUUACACUAGAAAUCUGGUACCCGGUGUUCAAUCUCGAGACCAAGACGAUGUCGUUUUCUCUGUUCAGGAUGAGGACGGGCAAACAGUGGAGUAUAGAGAAUGGGAUCCAUUUAAGUCCAGAUUGGCUUCUGCUAUUCUUUCUGGUAUCCAAAAUAUGUGGAUUAAACCUGGUUCACGUGUCCUCAUACUCUACUCACGGGAUGAUCAACAAUUUGGAAUCACAAUAUCACACAUCUCUGAUAUUGUUGGCCCUCAAGGUAUGGUGUAUGUAGUAGAGACAGAGACAUCCAAUCACGACACUCUUUUGAACAUGGCAGACAAACGGGGCAAUAUUGUGCCAAUUGUUUAUUGUAUGAGUCCGGAUCCAAUGCGAUACCGCAUGCUUAUUAAUAUGGUGGAUGUAAUGUUUGCUGCUCCUGAUCGUCCAGAAGAGGUCCACAUGGCAUAUUUGAACUCUCAGUAUUUUCUUAAAACCGGUGGACACUAUAUGCUUUAUGUCCAGGGUCAUACUAUGGAAUCAACAAAUCGUGGUGAUGGCUUGUUUAGUUCCAUGAGCAAAGUUGUACAGGUUCAGUACCAGCGAAUGGAGCAAGUCACCUUGGAACCAUUUGAUAGAGAGCAUGUUUAUGUUAGUGGUGUUUAUCGCACGAUGGAGAUUGCUGAGAUUGAUGAAAGUUGUCUAGUAAGCAGCAAGUUUUGGACAUCACAAGAUUCAAAUAGCGGUGCUGGGAGGCCUCUCAGUCUUUAUGAAAAGCAAAAGAACCUGCCCGUAUUUAUGUUGUUUGAAUCAUCAUUCGGAUACGUUCUCUUCCGAGCUCAUGACGUGUAUAAAGUUGAGAGAAACUAUGUAGCCACUGAGAAGUAUAUCAAAAGUUUCGAUAAAUCUUAUGAAUUUGUUGCGAGUCAUACUUUUGAGUCUACUGAUGAAGCUCUGAUGUACCUCACUGCUGACUACAACGACACACUGCCUGAGAAAUUGAUGGAGUUCCUGGUGCUACAUCUUCCACCACCAAUGGAAGGUGAUGAACAUUGUCUUUCACUUGCACUUUUUAACCCACUUAUGGAGGAUAAACUAGCAAUGGAUGCCAAAAUUGCUUGCUCAGCAAGUCCGUUUCACAUUGACAUUAUUCGUGGUGUGCGGAUGAAUCUUGACAAAUUCUUUAAGAACAUGAAGCCUGGGGACUUGGAAAAGGCCCAGCUGGAUCUCGCACGAAUUUGCAGCAGGCAAAAGCUUAAUUCACCAGACAAAAGAAAGUUGCUAAAGAAGAGAGGUCAUUUUCAGGCUAGAGCUCCAACCAGGGAAAACCCAAAGAGAAAGGCCCGGGCAGAUGCUAAAACUGAGAAUAGAUAGACAAGUGCAUUUGAUGAUGGAUUGCAGAAGCGUUGACAAGCUGCAUCUAAGAGGAUCUAUCAACAAGUUUUUCCUAUGAUCGCUUGCAGAAAUUUCUUAAUUUCCAAUAGUGAAGUUAGAGCUCGUGGGUUAUAUGUCAUUUCUUGUAUUAUCGUACUAAGCUCAUUGGAGAAUAUUUUAGACCAUGCAGAUAUACCUACUUUCUUCUAGUCUUCUACUUUUGAUUGAACAUAGUGAAGUUCUGUUCAAUGUUGUUGUCUAUGAGUAACUAAUUUUUCGUUGGCUCUAUAUUACUAGUUGCUAGUACUUUCAUGGAA